AUGGGCACUGAGCAAGUGUCCUGGUUGUCUGUCCACAGACCCAGAACAAGUGAUAUCCCAGAAGUCUGUGGGGAGCUGGCAGAGACUUACUGGAUUCAACCCCUCCAGGUGGGAAAACCUGCUCCUCAGACUCUGGCCUCCAUGCUCCCCUCCCCUGUUUUCAAUCCUGGCCCCAAUAUCUCUCCCACAUCUCAGGUCAUUGAAGAAGAUGCCCGGGAAGAACAAGCAGCUUUACCCUCAUUGCUUCUGAACAUCCUGCUCACUGGUACACCAGGGGUUGGAAGAACCACACUAGGCAAAUAACUUGCAUCAAUAUGAGGACUGAAAUACAUUGAUGUGGGUGAUUUAUCUCAAGAAGAGCAAUUGUAUGAUGGCUAUGAUGAGGAGUAUGAUUGUCGCAUUUUAGAUGAAGACAGAGUGGUUGAUGAGUUAGAUAACCAAAUGAGAGAAGGUGGAAUUAUUGUUUAUUACCAUGGUUUUCAUUUCUUCCCUAAAUGCCUGUUUCAUAUAGUUUUUCUGCUGAGGACAGUUGCCACUGUAUUGUAUGAAAGACUUGAAACAAGAGGUUAUAAUGAGAAGACUCUAACAGACAAUAUUCAGUGUGAGAUUAUUCAAAUUCUUCAUGAAGAAGCCACAACAUCCAGCAAGGAAGAUAUCAUGCAUCAGUCGCCCAGCAAUAUACCAGAAGAGCUAGAAAAUAAUGUAGAUCAGAUUGGCUGGAAAUGGAUUGAACUGUGGAUCAAAUAUUAUAACUCUUGA